GACGGCUGAUGAGCCGCGAGGGAGCAUAUUAAAAAAAUCGUCUCUUCGUCUCCGUCUUAUCUUCUCCUUCACUUUCACUUUCUUCUGGUUUCUCUCUUGUUUUCUUGUCUGGUUUUUCCCAAACAGCUUCCUUUGGCCGGCGACUCGAAUCGAUUCUCAGUUUUACCAUGGGUACCAAAUCUGGAGCCGCUCUGGCUGCUGCCUUCCUUUUGUUGCUCUUGUCGCCUGCCGUGUUUUCUUCGUCCAAUGAUGGGCUGAUCAGGGUUGGACUGAAGAAGAGGAAGUUGGACCAACUCAACCGCGUCACAGGACAGAGAUUUUCCAAGGAAAGAGGGGCUCUGGGGCGGCUUGGGAGGAAGUACAAGUUCCAUGGUUAUAAUGGCGACUCCGAGGACACUGAUAUCGUAUCACUGAAGAAUUACAUGGAUGCUCAGUACUAUGGCGAGAUUGGGAUUGGAACCCCAUCCCAAAAGUUCACUGUGAUAUUUGACACAGGGAGCUCUAAUCUUUGGGUGCCCUCUUCAAAGUGUUACUUCUCGAUUGCAUGCUAUUUGCAUUCUAAGUACAAGUCAAGUGAAUCAAGUACCUACAAGAAGAACGGAAAAUCUGCUGAUAUCCAUUAUGGAUCUGGAGCGAUUUCGGGAUUCUUUAGCCAGGAUAAUGUGAAAGUUGGCGAUCUUGUUGUCAAGAAGCAGGAAUUUAUUGAGGCAACCAAAGAGCCUGGCAUCGCAUUCGUGGCUGCAAAGUUUGAUGGCCUACUGGGGCUUGGUUUUCAAGAGAUAUCAGUUGGGAAGGCAGUUCCAGUCUGGUAUAACAUGGUCAAUCAGGGUCUUGUUCCGGAGCCUGUUUUCUCAUUUUGGCUAAACCGAAACACUAAAGGGGAAGAAGGUGGUGAGCUUGUGUUUGGUGGGGUUGAUUCUAGUCACUACAAGGGUGAGCAUACAUAUGUUCCCGUGACACAGAAAGGCUACUGGCAGUUUGACAUGGGUGAUGUGCUGAUUGAUGGUGAAACGACUGGAUUUUGCGGCGGUGGUUGUUCAGCAAUUGCUGAUUCCGGAACAUCCUUGUUGGCAGGCCCUACAACUGUGAUAACCCAAAUCAACCAUGCCAUAGGAGCAUCUGGCGUGGUAAGCCAAGAAUGCAAGAUGGUGGUUGGCCAAUAUGGUAAAACCAUCCUGGAGAUGUUGUUAGCCGAGGCACAACCGCAGAAAAUCUGUUCUCAAAUGGGCUUCUGUACAUUUGAUGGGACUCGUGGCGUUAGGAUGGGGAUUGAGAGCGUGGUGGACGAGAAUGAGCACAAGUCAUCAGGUGGUCUGCGUGAUGGAAUGUGUACUGCUUGUGAAAUGGCAGUUGUUUGGAUGCAGAACCAGCUGAGGAAAAAUCAAACGGAAGAACAAAUCUUGGAUUACGUCAACCAGCUGUGUGAUCGUCUGCCGAGUCCAAUGGGAGAAUCAGUGGUUGACUGUGGUGAUCUAUCUUCUCUACCCAGCGUUUCUUUCACAAUUGGUGGUAAAGUAUUUGAUCUUGCCCCAGAAGAGUAUGUGCUUAAAGUCGGGGAGGGACUUGCCGCUCAGUGCGUCAGUGGAUUCAUCGCUCUAGACGUGGCGCCACCUCGUGGACCUCUCUGGAUCUUGGGAGACGUCUUCAUGGGCCGGUAUCACACGGUGUUCGACUACGGGAAUAUGCAAGUCGGAUUCGCCGAAGCAGCGUGAACGGAUUGAGACUUUUCUUUACUGCACUGCCACGUCUCAUCUUAUCUCUACACAUGUAUUAUAUAGUUCAUGGACACGACACGAAACAUCUUCUGUCUCUACACUCCUGUAUAAUAGUUUAUGGGCGUGUACAACUCGUCUUCUAUGACUCUUUGUAAAACUAAUGGCAUCCUAGAUUCUGGUCCUUGUAUAAAAACAUAUAACCCAGAAAGUGAUGCCUCUUUUUUACUGAAUGAAGAAAGAAAGGAGUUCCUGU